UUGUUUUUACCCAGAUAAGACAUACUUGCUUCUUUGUUUUAUCUUUUCUCUUGCCCUGCUAGCUUCUCCUUUAAGCCUGUGCUUCAAUCCCCACCCCAGAGGCUGGUAGGACAGAAAAGAUGCUUCAAGUUGGCUUCCAAGAAAGGAUGGAGCCCAGAGAUUUCAUGGAGGGAAAUCCACAUUCUCUGAGAAGAAAAGAUGAAGCCAAACAUGAAAGGAAUAAAAAACGUGGAUUGGACUGUCUGGGGAAUCCUAAAAACACACACACAAGAACAACUGAAGACCUGUUCACCUACCUAGAGGACAAGCCUCUCCUCUAGAGAAUCAUCAAGAAAAGCAAUGCAGACUUUCCUGUUCAAAUAUCCCAAGUCUCUCAUUUGUUAGGAGAGAUAAUGAAUUUCAGGAUUUCUCAUUAAAUCAAAAAAGGAAUCUAAGUUGCCGGGGUGGAUCUGGGCUUUCAGAAUUGGCAUAUAUUUUCAUCGACAAGCAGGAAAAGAUGGAUGCAGAUGGUGAAGAUAAAAAGCUGCGAACUCGCUCAAAAGGAAGCAAGGUGCAAGUGGACACUCUAGUGAAGGAGCUCAGUGCUGCAUGUAGUUGCCCCAUGGCUAAGAAGAGGAGAGCUGAGGAGCAGGCUUCAGGAGUGCCAAUCAACAAAAGAAAGUCCCUUCUAAUGAAGCCUCGCCACUACAGCCCCACUGUGGGAUGCAAAGAAGAAACUGAGGAGCAAAUUGAGCUGGAAGACGACAACAGCCUUUUGGAAACAAAUGGCCAUUCCAUUUCAGAAGAAAGUGUUAGGAUAUCAACCAAUGGGCCUCUGCAUUUUAGUGGACAAGAAAGUUCAACCCGAAGCCAAGACGGGUAUGCCAGCUACCAAGACGUGGAGGUCAAAUCUAGACUAAUGAACUUGGGAAAGCUAGAGAAAGAUGCAGCUGCUCAAACAGUGACUGAAAACCUAAAUGACAGAGGCAUUCAGCCGCUCAAAACUGAAAUCGACAGUGUAGACGAGUGCUACCUGAUCCGUCCGCCUGAAAGGAGAGGCAAGAUGGAUGACCCCUGCCCACCAUACGGUUCAUCUGAUGACAAUGAAAGCAACUCCGAAGUCAUGGAAAACGGCUGGGACACUUCCUCUACCUUCUCAGAAGAAACACCGGUCCGACCCAAUGCAGGGCAACAGUAUCUUCAAGGGGGUCAUCAGAAAGACUCAUUGGAUAUUCCAGAAAUUAAAAGCGAAGGGGAAAAAUUUCUCUGCCGUGAAACCGUGUGUGACUCAAAAAGUGAAUUGAGGCAUUCUCGGGAUUCGCACCUUGAAUCCUUUGAAAAAAGAGUCCAGAAUCCAUUCCCAGAGUGUGAGGAAGAUGACAAUGAGAGCCUGUCGGUAACCACGGAAGAGUCUGUUGACUUGGAUAAAACGAAAGGGAACUUGACUUUGCUGGAACAGGCCAUAGCUCUGCAGGCAGAGCCCAGUCACGGAUUUCAUAGCACCUACAAAGAACUGGACAGGUUUCUUCUGGAGCACCUGGUUGGGGAAAGACGGCAAACCAAAGUGAUGGACAUUGGUGGGAGGCAGAUGUAUCACAGCAAACAUUCACCUAGGUCUGAAAAGAGAGAGACCAAAUGUCCUAUCCCAGGAUGUGAUGGCACAGGUCACGUGACCGGACUCUAUCCACACCACCGCAGUCUCUCAGGCUGCCCCCACAAAGUCAGAGUGCCUCUAGAAAUUCUUGCUAUGCAUGAAAAUGUACUUAAGUGUCCCACCCCAGGAUGCACCGGGAGAGGCCAUGUCAACAGUAACCGCAACACACACAGAAGUCUUUCUGGUUGUCCAAUUGCUGCAGCUGAAAAAUUGGCAAUGUCCCAGGAUAAAAAUCAGCUUGACUCUCCCAAAACCGGGCAGUGUCCUGACCAGGUUCACAGGACAAACUUAGUCAAGCAGCUGGAGUUAUCACAGUUCAGUUUCAGAUCUUCACAAGUGGUCACCUCUCCCAGGGCCCAUCUGACAAAAGAACAAGAGAAGUUUGGGAAAGUACCAUUUGAUUAUGCCAGUUUUGAUGCUCAGGUUUUUGGCAAGCACACAUUAGGACCUACGGUGCCAGGAAGAAAGACACCACAAUAUCCUGAAUCAAAGCAUUUUUCAAAUCCAGUGAAAUUUUCUAAUCGACUGCCUAGUGCUAGCGCCCACACACAGAGCCCGUGCCAUGCCAACUCUUAUAGCUACGGUCAAUGUAGUGAAGACACCCACAUAGCAGCAGCUGCUGCAAUCCUGAACCUUUCCACCCGCUGCAGGGAAGCAGCAGAGAUUCUCUCCAACAAACCACAGAGUCUGUCUGCCAAGGAACCCCAGAGAAGCAGCUGUGCCGUUGGCCUUUGGAACCGGGCUAGCGUGUCUCUUCCACCCACGGAUGGCAAGUGGGGAGGAGGAAGAGAAGAAAGAGGUGAAAUCCCCAGUGAGGGAGCCGAGAUAGAAGUGGACGAAAAUGGCACGUUGGACUUGAGCAUGAAAAAGAAUCGAGUCCAGGAGAAGGCCACAACUCUAACUCCUUCUGACACUUCCGCUCCGACUCCCUCCUCUUCCCCAUUCAAAACCAGCAGCAUCUUGGUAAAUGCAGCCUUCUAUCAAGCCCUGUGUGAGCAGGAGGGCUGGGACACCCCUAUCAACUAUAGCAAGACACAUGCAAAGAAAGAGGAGGAGAAAGAGAAAGAUGCUACGAGGUCUCCAGAAAACUUAGAAGAAAAAAAGUAUCCCGGAGAAGUCUCUAUUCCAAGCCCUAAAUCCAGGAUCCAUGCAAGAGAUCUCAAAAAGGAACUCAUCACCUGUCCCACUCCAGGAUGUGAUGGAAGUGGUCACGUAACCGGAAACUACGCAUCACAUCGCAGCGUUUCUGGAUGCCCAUUAGCUGACAAGACACUGAAAUCCCUAAUGGCUGCCAACUCUCAGGAGCUUAAGUGCCCAACCCCUGGUUGUGAUGGCUCAGGUCAUGUGACUGGAAAUUAUGCUUCCCACAGAAGCUUGUCUGGCUGUCCUCGUGCCAGGAAAGGGGGUAUCAAAGUGACUCCUACCAAGGAAGACAAGGAAGACCCUGAACUUAAAUGUCCUGUGAUAGGAUGUGAUGGCCAAGGUCACAUAUCAGGUAAAUACACUUCUCACCGCACUGCUUCUGGUUGUCCUUUGGCUGCCAAGAGACAGAAGGAGAAUCCUCUCAAUGGGUCUUCGCUAUCCUGGAAACUGAACAAACAAGAACUGCCACAUUGUCCUUUGCCAGGAUGCAACGGGCUGGGUCAUGUAAAUAAUGUUUUUGUCACCCACAGAAGCUUGUCUGGGUGCCCUCUUAAUGCACAGGCCAUAAAAAAGGGAAAGAUCUCAGAAGAAUUAAUGACUAUCAAGCUUAAAGCAAGUGGUGGUAUAGAAAGUGAUGAGGAAAUCAGGCAUUUGGAUGAGGAGAUAAAAGAACUGAAUGAAUCCAACCUUAAAAUUGAAGCAGACAUGAUGAAACUUCAGACCCAGAUCACAUCUAUGGAGAGCAAUUUAAAAACCAUAGAAGAGGAGAACAAACUGAUAGAGCAAAACAAUGAGAGCCUUUUGAAAGAGCUAGCAGGGUUAAGCCAAGCCCUCAUCUCAAGCCUUGCCGACAUUCAGCUCCCACAGAUGGGGCCAAUCAGUGAGCAGAAUUUCGAAGCAUAUGUAAGCACACUCACAGACAUGUACAGCAAUCUGGAACGGAACUAUUCCCCGGAAUGCAAGGCUCUGCUGGAAAGUAUCAAACAGGCAGUGAAGGGUAUCCAUGUGUAGGACGGGAAUGUUGCCGGGCAUCCGAAAUUACUUAACAGCAGUAAACUCCAGAUGGAUCUGUUAGGAGGCAUGUUCCGCUAAGGGCCGUAGCUUGCCGGGCUGCAUUUUACAACUGCAACAUUGCACUGACAUAAAAAAAAGGAGGAAGAAAAAAAAGAUAGACUAUUUGGAUUUUCAGAAAUGCACUCAAUUAGUACGUCUUAUUUAUUUUAAUACAUUUCUCUUUGGUUUCUCCGUGUGCACUGGGUUUUUGUAAAGUGUAUGUAAAAAGGGUGGGGGUGUGUGUGACUAUUUUUUAUACUUUUUAUUUAUUUCUAAUCAGAGUUUUUUAUCUUUUAACAGCAUUUUUGCAACCUGCCAUAUUUUUACAAAUGUGUUCAUUUAUUUUCCAGUGGGAUUUUAAAUAGACAGAAAAAGUUAUUCUAUAAACUAUCUUGCUGGGUUUGUAUGGGGAAAAAAAAACAAAAGAAGUACAAAAGAAGGCUAUCUAGAAGAGUGGACUAGUUGGCUUUUGAUUGCAUCCUGCUUUUUUGUUUUCCUCCCCCAGUAUCUUUGUGUCCACCUGAAUUUUAGAGUCAUAGGAGACGUGAGGCGCUAGGAAAGAAAGGAUAAACGGCGCCCCCAAGUGGGAACUAGCCCUCGUAAAAGCACAGUAUGCUGAUAAACAGCAUUUUCCACAAUUUGUUAGCAAUAAUAGAAAUAGAGCAAUCAACCAACCAUCCGACUUGGCAGUGCGGGUUUAGCCCACAAAAACUAUAUUAUUUUAAACGCUUUAAAGGACCUCAAAUUAUUUUAACGAUGCAGUUUUGUGAAGUCACAUCAGAGCCGAUUCCCACAUCCCCUAGAAGAAGCAACGAGACUUGAUAGAAAGAGCCGGGUUUUAGGACCAGAUGUCGGUACGGUAAGCAAGGGGCAAUAACCGCUGUAGAUUUGUAGGUAGAAAAUACAAACACAGCCAGAAGGAAGAUUCUGUAGAUACCUGACACUCCCAUGAAAUUCCCCUGAAAUAGCAUGUUAUCAUACUGGCUUGAAUUGAGAGAAAUAAAAAAUUUAAAUGCAGCAAUGCAGUUUAAGAAUCUUACUCCAUUCAAGCAGCAUUUGGGAUUUUUCUCUUCUCAAUAUGAACCGUAGCAACGCAACGAGGGGUAUCACCCAACCUUAGAGAAUACAGUAACCUAGAAUAGACCACCAGUCUUUCCCUAGGACACCUGGGUCUGCAGCCCGGCUGGACGCACACCACUAACGUGUGUAUUCCACUAGCCUGGGCUUUGAAUUUCUGAAUGGAUCAGAGUUUAGUAAGUUGCUAUAACUGAGGCAAUGUCUAUUUCAGGGAUUGUAAGUAAUUAAACAUUGUUUCAAAAGUUUUUUUAUAUUUAUUUUUUUUAAGAAAAAAGGUAUAGACAACCAGCUAAACUGCCUUUUUGGUAUGCACACACACCUCACGUGCAUACGUGCCUCAGUGUCAAUGUAUACAUGAAUUUAGUGUGUGCUUUCUGUGCUACAACAAAAAGUGUUUAUUUUUUUUAGCCUCAUUUAUAUUUAGAUUGAAUGUGUGAUGGCAUUCAUGGGCUUGAUGUUUACCACUAUUAUUACCGUCAAUGGCACCAAACAAAGUAAUACUCAAAGAUAAUUCAACUCUCAUGCACUGUGGUCACUGUUCUGCAUCCAGUGGGGCUUUUUUGUUCGUUUGGGGUCAUUUGGACCUUGAAUCUUAGUUUAGUGAAAAUGAGAUGUACGUUCUUAGGUAGGAGCUGUGUUUCUUUUAAAAUCAAGUUGAAGAAAAGCUACCAUAAUGUGCUGUCUAAUAUAAAUAGGACACCAAACAAAAUUUGCUAUUAAAGUUAUUGUACUUGCAAACAUUUCUACAGAGUACUUGUUGAUGCAUACAGAAUGAGUUCACUCAUGACAGAAAAAUUUAAUUUACUAAAUAUUAUAACAAAUCUGUUAUAUAUUUUAUUUAAUUUCAAAGAAAUCUCUCACCAACCUGUGUAUUUAUCAUUUUGAUUUCUAUGGCUUCAGGUUAAUUUAUCUGUGUUUGGAUUGUUUGCUCAGGAUGUUCUGUGAAGUAUGUUUGUAUUUAUUUGCUUCCUUUGUAUUGGAUGUUUGGUCAUGUGCACUGAAUUUUUUUUUCUGUUGAAUGGCAUUGAUGAGCUAUACUGUAAAUUAGGCCUUUUGUAAAGAGCAUUGACGUAUGCAUUUUUUUAAUUUGGAGUAGUUUGUAUACUGUUUCUUCAUACAGUUAAUAUUUCUUACAUCAAAGCAACAAAACUGUGUUCUGUGCUGUACAUUUGGUGUAUGGUAGGAAAUAAAAAUUGAUAAUGAAA